UUUAAUGCUUGUAAAUUCUUUCACUUCCCAGGAGCCUGGCAGGCCUCUUGUCCCAUGAGCCUGCCUGCCAGGAAGCCAAUGCUCUUUGCUGGUGGAGGCUACGACAAAGCGCCGUUGGUUCAAGUGCCCCGUCAGGCUCUUUGUGUUAGAAAAAUCAAGCCUUCAGCACAGUCCCCACUGUGGUCCUGGAAGGGAGCCCUCACCGCUGUCCUCUCCUUGCCAAUGUGCUGAAUAUCAGAAGACCAAAGGAAGGGGAGCUGCUGUGCAGCCACGAACCGGAUGCCGCAAGAGGUUGGGGGAUGCAGCAGCCUAGGAAGGGCAGGGAUCCUGUCCACAUUCCCCACGCCUUCUCCCACAACCAUGAAGGACUACACAGAGGUCAUCUUCCAGCCGGAGGCACUGGAUCAGAGCAAGGAAAAUGCCAGCUCCCUGGCUCCACCUUUGCCGCGGUUCUUGCUAACAGAAUUCUCCAACCCCGUGUUUGAGGAGGAUGGCGAGGCACCAGCCCAGCGUCAGCCGGACGUCGAGAACAGAAACAGCACCAAACUCUCCGCCAACGGCUUUGCCCAACAGGUCCGGGACAUGGCAAGCAGGAAGUUCAAGCCAGACUGCAAGUUCUCCUGGCUCUGCGUGGCAAUUCUCAGCACGGUGCUUCUCCUCCUCCGCCUAUUAGUGGGCAUCAUCAUCGCCUCCCAGCUGAAGUCCCACCAUCCCGUCAAACCCUCGCUCGGGGCUUCUCAUGCCCACACCAUCACCGCUACCCUCAACUCCCAUCCCCAGGACCUCGCCAAGACCCCAGCCCACGGGGACACUAUCCCAGGGAGGGAAAGUCGCCUGUUACCACAAUGCCAGCACCUUCUCCCCCAACUACCCAGCCCCUACCCCCCAAACAUCUUGUGCAAGUGGCACAUCCGGGUGACGGCAGGGAUGGCGAUCCAGCUGAAGGUGGUGGAGCUAGACAUUGAGAGUUCUGCCUCAUGCCUAUACGACCGGCUGGAGAUAUUCAAGAGCAGGACGCUUCUCGUUGUGGGAUGGGAGUACCAGGUACUGUGGUGUCCGUGGCACCGGCAAACGAUCAACACCAACUCCAGCCAGCUUCAGGUCAUCUUUGUCUCAGAUGACAACAUUGCUCCCUCGGGCUUCACUGCCUGGUAUCGGGCCAUUCUGCCCAGUGAAAAGAACUGUUCCUGGGAUGAGUUUCUCUGUGACCAGGGUCUCUGCCUCCACUCGGCCUACGUGUGUGAUGGUUAUCAUGACUGCCACGACAAGAGAGAUGAAGCCAACUGUAGCACAAAGCACAAAGGUUGUGGGGGGACCCUCACCAGCAUGGAAGGGCAAUUAUUCUCCCCCAAAUUACCCACAGCCAUACCCCACAUCUGCAGGUUGCUGCGUGCUGCUGUCACAUGCGACAACCUUACAAGCCGCCAAGCGAGCGACACCGAGCAGAUUUGCAAGCAAGCUGUGGAGCGACGCUGCAUCUAUUCGCGACGUGCUCGCGGGCUCUGCCUCUGGCCUAUCUCAGUGCCCGUGGGCCACGUGGUGGACUUGCAUUUCCACAACUUCAGCCUUGAGUCCCAGGAGGAGUGCAACUAUGACUUUGUGGAGGUGUACGACAGCGCUGGGAUGGGAGCAACCAGCGUCAUGGGCAGGUUCUGCAGCUCUAACUUGCCCCCUGUCCUGACCUCAUCACAGCAUGUCAUGACAGUCCUCUUUGUGGCGGACGAAGGAAUAGCUGACAACGGGUUCUUUGCCACUUACCAUGCCCACAACGCCACGGAAAAAACGUGCAGCCCCCUGGAUUUCUCCUGCAGAAAUGGCGAGUGCCUGUCUCAGGCGUUGGUGUGCGAUGGCUGCACAACUGCCCAGGAUGGGAGCGAUGAAUUCAACUGCACCAGCCUCAGCCUAUGCAUCUUUCGUAGCCCCAUUCCGGCUCCCCAGUUUGCCCCCAGGCAGCCGUCCUGCGAGCCGAUUGAGGUAGAGAUGUGUUUGGGUCUCAGUUACAAUGCCACCUCUUUCCCCAACAUCUGGCUGACCAUUAUGGAUCAGCAAGAGGCAGAAGAGCAUCUCGAAGACUAUAUGAUGCUGAAGGACUUCUCUUGCUACCCAUCUCUGCGCUUGCUCCUGUGCAGCCUCUUCGUACCCAAGUGCACCCCGGACGGGGGCAUCCUGCAGCCGUGCCGCUCCGUGUGCCUGGCAGCCGAGCAGAGCUGCCAGCAAUCCCUCACCCUUCUGGGCCUCCCGUGGCCCCUGAACUGCAAUGUCCUGCUAGAUUCCAACAACCCUUUGGAGUGCUUCCUGCCAUAAAAGGGGCUGCCCCGCUCUAUCCGCAACCCCUACUUCACGUGC